AUGGUCAGAUGCGCGUCACCAGGCCUAAGCACAUCGCCCAGGCCUAGCCGCCAACGUCAUCAACGGGUUAGCAAGCAAGUUUCCCCCUCCGACCUACACGCUGAACUCCACAUAUUUGGCAACGUUCUAGUCGGUGCGGUAGAUGACGCUUUCCUCACUCAUUUUGGGUAUUUUGCGCUGAAGUUCGUCCGGUUCCUCCAGGUGGAGGUGCAUCGAACCUACGCUGCACUGGCUGCCAAAGCCGAUGUUCAACAUGUGCAUCUGGAGCAAGACUUUGACUAUAUCAUGCGACGAAUUUGGGAUCUGGGAGACGUCAACACGCAGCAUCAUGGCAAAGUGUUGGAGCUUGUGGUGCAAGCAAGUGAUAGACUGCCUACCAGCGCUGCCAAGGACCACCAGAAGCUCAUGGUCUCCGUCGCGCAGAGCCACGAUGGUAUGCGUCAAUCUGUACGCCAACAUCACGAUCGGACGCGGGUGCUGGCAACAUCGAACCAUUUCGCUAUUAUUCAAGCCAUCAGUCAAGCGUGUGAACGGCUUGACAUGAUGGCUAGCAACAUAGGUACCUUGACAGGGACGAGCAACCACCAGAUCCGCAAGCUGAAUACUAUGGACGGCAGCAUGGAGGCAUUAAAGAGGCGCAUGGUCGUUGUCGGCUUGACCCAAGUGCUCAAGAGCCAGCAGCAGGGUCACGCCGCAACUGGAGCACAGCUUGCCCAUUCCCAUGAGUUUUCCAGACCUACUCUGACCUCUUUCGCUUCGCGUUACAAGGAAGCCGGCGCUGACUGCAGCAAAUGCCGUCAAUCCGGCGACGAAGCUGCGCUCGCCCUCAACAUUGCUGCAAUGAGCUUACAGGUGGCCGAAACUCUCAUCAAAACCAUACAGGGCUCCCACAACGCCCAGAAGAUUCUCUGGGAGAAGUUUGUUGAGACCCAGCAGUGCACCCAUCAACUCACCGUUCAACUCAACGCCGCCCUCUCAAAAAAACAAUAA